AUGGCCAACACCCCCGAGCCGGGCACGUCAAGGGUGUCUGUACACGAUAUCCUCUGGAUGGGCGCUGCGAACCUGGCUGCGUAUAUCCGGAAACACCUUGGCCCCACUGGCGACUUCGACCUUCUGGACCACCGUCGACACCAGCUUCCACUGUGCGAGCGUGAACAGCUCGCAGAAAGGCUCAUGUAG